AUGCCCACUCAAUUCACGCCGCCUCCGGCCGCCGUAUACGGCGGCGAAGAGCCAUCGAGAAGCUCCUCCGGCUCCUCGUUGUCCAUCGGCAUAAUUAUCAUCAUCCUGGCCUCGGCGAUCAUCGCCUCCGCCUCAAUCUACCUCAUCCGCCGCCGCCGCUGCCGCGGCUCAUCCGCCGCGGAUCCCCAUCCGGACCAGCCGCAUCCGCGCCGCGCCACAGCUCCCGACGAGCUUCUCGACUCCCUCCCGCUCUUCGACUUCCGCUCCGUCGCACCGGGCGCCGCCGCCUCGGGCGACUGCGCCGUCUGCCUGUCGCGGUUCGAGCCGCGCGACCGUCUCCGCCUUCUGCCCCUCUGCUGCCACGCGUUCCACGUCGCGUGCAUCGACGCGUGGAUCGCCUCCAGCCAGACGUGCCCCCUCUGCCGGUCCCCCGUCCUCCCCUCCGGCGGCGCUGACGCGCUCGGCAAGAUCCUCUCCGCCGAUAACCACGGAAAGACCGACAGUGCCGCCGACGCCGGCGGCGGAAGAAGCUUCCGGAUCGAGAUCGGAAACGUCAGCAGCCGCCACCCCGCCGCGGAAGGGGACGCCGGGCGCCGGCGGCGGUCGUACUCGGUAGGCUCGUUCGAGUACAUAUUGGACGACAACGGAUACGAGGUCCCCGUGGGGUCCACGACUCACAGCGGCCGGUUUUCCGAUUUCAAACCCAACGAAAAGGAUCCACCGACUACGGAGGCUCCGGCGGCGGAGGGAACUCCCGGCGGGAGGAGUCGGCUGUGGGAUUACGUCGACCGACUGGCGUCGAUCUCGAGCUCUUCCCGGUCGAUGUCGUUUAGGAGCUCCAGCCGGUUUUUCUCCGGAAGCAGCCGCCGUACAGAGGCCGUUGCCGUCACGGAUGACUUGGAGGCGUACAGGGCCGGAGAGGAAAUUAGUGAGUUGUUUCGCUGGCUUUCUGGAGUUUAA